UCCCUCCCGCAUGUACUGAACAGAACGGAACCGAACAGAACAAAAAAAUGGCAAGAGAUCGAUUGCCAGAAUUACUACAGCGUGCCAAAAGCUGCAACAAUAACCUAACCAAUGGUGCCUCAGAACAGCAACGCAAAAGUCUGGAAGCAAUAACAAUGCAACAAAGCACACACGUUGAUGACAUCUUGAAUCCGUAUUCGGAAAUACGCACACAUUUGGCUCAAUUAGCGGCGAAUUUGGAGACUAUGACGCGUAUGGUACAACCGACAGCAAUAAAAAAUGCCGAAAAUGAAAUGGAAGAGCUGCGCAAACAAAACAUUCGUCUGGGCAAUAUUCUAAUGACCAAAUUCCAAGAGUUUCGUGCCAAUCUACCGCCCGAGAAUGACUAUAGCCUGGAGUCGCGCAUGAAGCGUACCCUGUUCUAUGGUCUGCAUCAGAACUACAUCGACAUAUGGCGGAAAAAUGAACAAUUCCUACACAACUAUGAGACUAAACUGAAACAGCAUUUGCAAAUGCAAUCGAAAAUAAUCAAUUGUAAUGCCACAGAGGAGGAAAUCGAAGAGCUGAUUAGCAAUAAAACAACAAAUCUAUUUGUGGGCAAUAUUCUGGAAGAAACUGAAAAGGAACGGAAAACGUUGCGAGAUCUCAUAGAUCGUUUUAGUGAAUUGAAAAAAUUAGAGAAAUCUAUUGAAGAAGUUCACGCCCUAUUCUUGAGAAUACAAUAUUUGGUGCUAGAACAGAGUGAAGUGAUACAACGUGUGGAGUUCCAUGCGCAACAGGCAACUUUAUAUGUGGACAAGGGUGCCGAAGAACUGGAUAAGGCUGAUAAAUUGCAUAAAAAAGCUAGAAAGAAAAAGAUUUUCUUAAUCCUUAUCGCAAUUAUUGUAUUAUUGGUGCUAAUAUUAAUUGGUGUUUUCCUGUGA